GUGCUGUACAAUCGUCACACCCCACCAAGGAAGCUGGGGCCUCCCUGUGCUCACCAAAUACGUGACUCAGCCUCUCAGAGCCCAUCACUGCUCGUGGUUGCUGCUGGAGCUGAUUCAGUCCCCUGAACUUUGGUGAAGAGCCUGCCUGGCCAGCCUAGAAGUGGUAAGUCCACGAUGCCAGAGCUGUCCUGUCUUCUGUGCUGCAGGGCCAGUGAAGGAUGAGGCCAGGCCGGUGUUGAGACAGCUUCACUAAGAUAGCACCUGAGGAUUCCCUUUCCAGAAAACAUCCUAUUGUGCAGGCCAUUCUAGGAUGGGGCUUUGGGAGUCUGGAACACCUGAAUCCACACCCAUGACUGCAGUGAACAGUCCGGUGACUGGGCAGGUCUCUGACCUAAGUCAGCAGGUGUGGACCUUUCAGGGUCAGAACGUCGUGACAGUUCCCCGGAGUGCCAGUGUGACUGCAGUCACUGUCACUAUCGUUGCAUGCAAGUAUCCAGAGUCUCUUGAGCAAGGCAGAGGGACUCCCAUUUAUUUGGGAAUAGAGAAUCCAGAAGUGUGCCUGUCUUGUGAGGAUGUUGGAGGGCAGCCCACAUUGCAACUGAAGGAGCAGGAGAUACUGAGUCUGUACAACAGCGAUGUGCCUGUGAAGCCCUUCCUCUUCUACCACGUCAAGACGCAAAGCACCUCCACCUUUGAGUCAGUGGCCUUCCCUGGCUGGUUCAUCGCCUCCUCCCAGAGGGGCCAGCCCAUCUUCCUCACUUCGGACCUUGGCAUGAAGUACAACACUGCCUUCAAUUUGGACAUUUAUGCUUGACACUAGCCUAGACGGGGAGCUUGGUCAGAGGCUUUGUCUAAAAUUUUCUAGGUCCCAGCAUGUUGUCACCUUUGUAUCUCACUGUCACUUCACGUCAGUGCUGAGAGGUGAGCAGGGACAUAUUAUUAUCUCAUUUUAUGAAUGGAGAAGAAAUAAUGAUCUCAUGGCAACCAAGGAGCAGAAUGUGGCUCAGAAGCAGGAGUGGGUGGUGACGAAACGCUCUCUGCUCAAGCUGAAUUUGUGUCCCACGGGCCAUCGGUACGAGGAUGUUGGAACCCAGAGACAGCCAGGCCUUCUCCUGGAGGAUAUGAAGAAGCCUCUGAGCUCCUGGACCACCUAAGAUGGUGUGGCUAGUGCGAAACUGGUCUCUUGCUUUGUUUUGCUUAGUUUUCUUUCCUGUUUGGCUUACAUUGUCCAUAUUCUUUAUAUGUUGCCAGUAGACUUCAAGGUGUGUAUAUAUCCUUUUGAAGAUUAGGAACUUUUAAAGAAAAGUAAUUCUUGAUAAUAAUUAUUUUUGUCCUAAGUCUCAUGUGUACACAUAAAGCCAAAUACAAACUUCAUGUGUUUGCAUAAUAAAAAAGCUAAAACAGAUAUAAAAUGAAGUAGAAAAUAAAGCUUAAAGUGAAAUUAAUAAGAGUAAUUGAAUGAGGACAUCCCAGUAGGUGAGCCCCAGGCUGGGGCUUAGCGGGGGGAGAAGGGCCCCUGCGAGUGGUGAGUGGAUGGUCUGGGGGAUGGUGCCUGUGCCAGGACACUGCUGUCUGUCCCCUUCCUGCAGUCCCAUAGCCUCGGUUUCCCUCUGCUUCCUCUAGCCUUUUCCUUUUAGGCACAGUCACCACCCACACACUUCCUUUAAAGGCUGCAGGAAAGGUGCCCUUUUUUGGAACAGAGAGCCUAGCUUUCCCACCAGCCAUGCUUCAGAUGAUAUAUUCUGAUGAAAUCUAAUAACUGGUCAUGGAUAUACCUGUAGAAAGAUGUAGCCCAGAUCUGGUUCUGUAUAUAAUAAAUUCCUUAUUUUAACUCUGAUACUACCAAUACUGGAAAUUCUGUUUGCUUAAAUGGUCUCUAAGUAGCACCAUAGCUUAAAUUUUUUUUCCCAGCUUUUGGGCAAUCAGACCACAUACACUAGGCAUGCCAGUAAGCAACCAUAGCACUAAUUUAAUGCAAUUUUCCUUGAUUCUUUAAAGUUUUCUUCUUCAAGUAAAUAUAAUGUUAGCAUUGCAGUUUUAUAAAAACCAAUAUUAAAAUGGGCACUGGGCUAAUUAGUUCUGGAAUAUCAAAUAGAAGAAUUAGCUAUUGGAUGUAUACUGCUAUAGCCACUGCAAAUAAAUGGUGUUACAUCUGCACA